UAGUCCAAUGGACGAAAGUGGGCUUAACAACGCCCAGCAGCCAGCAGGCCCUUUGAAUGUCCCUCCCCGCUUUAGCCUUUACUAGGGUUUUCCGCUUGGAUGGAUUCUCACUUCCUUCCCUAAGCUACUCCCUCUACAGUCUACCCUCGCCUCGACUCAGCCAUGGAUGCUUCAGCUCUGAAAUCCGCCGAGAUGCAACAAUUUCUCAAUGAAGAAAAGCAAAGGGCAAUGAUCAAUGAGUUGGUUGGAAAGAUCACAAGUUCAUGUUGGGACAAAUGCAUCACUAGCACUCCAGGAAGCAAGUUCAGCUCCAGUGAAACAAAUUGCCUAAACAACUGCGCCCAGCGCUAUAUGGAUAUGAGUGUCUUAAUCAUAAAGCGCUUUCAGUCUAUUAACUAAAGAGAACCAACUUCUUGUAAUCUUCACUAGUUAUGAUUGUCUCAUGUUCUCCCCUUCAGUAGUAGAAAAUGUUAAUUUCUAUCAACUUUGCAGCCUCUUGAGCUAUCCAUUGGUACAAUGUGAAGUGAGUUUUUACUGAUUGAUUACAUGCUAGUAUAUUUUUGUGAUUUUUUUUUUUAAAAAAAGAACGAACAAGUCUUGGAGCAUAUGCACAUUUA